AUGAAUACAGAGUUAUUUGUAAAAAAAGUUCAACAUUUUAUAUCAAAAACGUUCUCGUCAAAGGAAAAUCCAUCUCUACUUGUGUUUGAUAAUCAUGAGAGCCACUUAUCUAUAAAAGCUCUUGAUCUUGCAAAGAGUAAUGGUGUUACUAUUCUUACUAUACCACCACAUAGUAGUCACAAAAUACAGCCCUUAGAUGCCUCUGUAUUUGCUCUAUUCAAUGUUUAUUAUAAUGAUGCAGUAAAUUCUCGGCUUCUAAAUCAUCCUGGAGUGCGAAUCACUAUUUACGAAAACUGCAUCUUGUGUUAA